AAUUUGUGUAUAUUGAGGGGAAACAAAAAUAACAAAAUACCAACAAGAUAAUAACAAAAAAGUGUGAUGUUUAGUUUAAAACAAAACUUGGGAAAUGGCUAAAUGCAAGUACAUAUCUUAGAAAAGUCUAUGACAAUUUCCCAAUUUCUUUGUUCUCUGCUUUCAUGGACGUUAACGUCAAUCUUUUUUUUGACGUUUGCGUUUGUCUCGACAAAGGAAAUAAAAAAAGUUUAACGGGUCGAAACCGAGAGAGAGAACAUCAGCACUCAGUUCUGUUGUCUGUUCAGUCUGCUUCUUCUUUUUUACGUUUUAAGAUGUGUUUUCGGCGAGUUUGGUGAUUCGGCUAAACGGAACGGGAGAAACGGAAAAAAUGAAUCAAUGAAGAAUCUUUUUGUGUUUAAAAGAUGGCAAUUUUUGCUUAAUCAUGGCAAAUCAAGUGAAAUUUUGUUAAAAAAGUUAUAAGAAAAUAAAUUUAUAACCAAAAUAAUAGUUUGCCCAAAUAAAGAUGAAGAUGUAGAUAAAAAAUGAGUGAAAUAAAAAGAAUAAGUCGUGAUUUUUUGUUGUUUAAAUAAAAUUAAGAAAAUCGUAAAUUUGAGUAUUUCUGCAACAAAAUGUGUUUAAACAUUGAAAAUCAUCAUAAGAAGGCCUCUAAAAAAGACUUGAAUUAUUUUAAUCGUAAAUAUAUAAAGACUUCCAAUAAACGCCCUGCUGCUACAACUACUGCUUUUUGGUCGUCAUCUCCUUCGUCGCCGUCGUCGUUGUGCUGGUUUUUGUGAAUUUUAAAGAGUAUAUCUUACAGAUGCAAACGACGAACAAAAAAAAUGAAUUCAAUUUAAAACCUAUGAAUUUAAGUGAAAACCCACAAAUAGCAACAAAAAAAUACUACACAAACGAACGGGAAAAAAUCAACGAAAAAAUUUCUCACCAGCCAACCUCCUAAGUGAAAGAAGAAAAUACUGGUUUCCUUUUUUCAACGUAAUAGUCGUUGUUCGUGUAGACGUCGUCGUUGUUGCUGUUACUGGUGUGUGGUGGCCGCCGCCACCGUCAUAGUCAGUCGUGUGCUGUUAUUGUUGCCUUUUUUACAAUUACCAGAGCCAACCAGCAAACAAACAAGAAGAAGCAAAAUAAGGGGGAGCAGCAGAAAAACAAGUUGGGGAAAAAAGAGAAACACACACUCGCACUUACUCAUCCAUAAAUUAACUGCGUUUAUGUAGUAGUAGUUGUUGCUAUUAUUUUAUUUAUAAUACAACAACAACGACUAACGCCCGCUGAGCACCAAUGCUGCUAGCUGCCUUAGCAGAAACUUAAAAAAUAACCCCGCGCUAAAAAAUAACAUAAGACUACGAAAAGAAAGUGGUGAAACUUCUUUUUUGUUGUUGUCAACACAGACAUCUUUGGAGAGACACUUUUGCAGCAGGCAGCUAAACAACCAACCAAACAGCCAGCCUGCCUGAAAAGAUAGCCUGAUCUUCUUCGUUCAUUGUCGCCUUCUUUCUUCUUUUUGUAGUGGUGGUGGUGAUGGUGGUUGUGGUGGAAUAGAUACUGUUUUACCCCAAGAACAAGAGCAACAACAACUAUAAAAAAACGCCUCCAGCAGUUGUUUGUUGGUUCCCUCUUCUUGACCAGACAACAACAAAACAAAGCAAAAAACAAGAAGGGGGCUAGGCGUAUGCAUUUUUAAAAGGAUUUUAUUCACACACAAUAAUUUAAGAUAACUAAAUUAUGGAUCCAAGUCGACAUCACGAUUUUGUAGGCAACAAUGAGGAACGUUCAAGAGCUGCAGCAACUGCGGCAUAUUAUAGUCGAGAAGUGCCGGACAUAGCAUCACAUCGUUAUUAUGGGUCGACCUUAGCAACAGUAGCACCACCACAACAACAGCAGCAACAGCAAUCACAACAACCACCCGCACGAAGUCAUAGCAAUACAAGAAACCUCCUCUGCGAUUGUACAACAACGCCUAGUGGCGCUAGAAUUACCUGUAAUGGUUGUCGUCUUAAUCCACCACCUGGUGACGUUUGGUCGAACCAAGCAAUGGCUGCCUCAUCGUCGUCAACGUCAUCGUCACCCUUGAAUUCCUCCGCCGCCACGGAACAACAACUAACUCAAAGGGUUGAUUAUAGGCAAAUGGUCAACAGUGAGUCAAUGCGCUCCUCUGCCACCAUGAGACAAAACCCCAUGUAUCCCAUGCACUCGCAGCAACAACAACCGCCCCCGCCUCAUACGCAACAAAUGCAACAUCAUCAAACGGUACCUCCUCCUCAUCCUCCUCAUUCUAAUUCACAAGUCAUAUCACAUGGUCCGCUGCCUCCUUCCCAAUCAAUGGUGCAUACACAUCCCUCACAUGCGAUUAGCAGAUCCAAUUACUGGUCUCAAAAUCCUUCCUCGACUUCACAGCAGCAGCACUAUGUCGACGAACACCAUAUGGUGGGAGUGCCACCCAAUCAUCCAGUCCAAUCAACAACCCAGACCCAAAUUGACAUCAGCAUAACUAGACGUUCAGCAGCAGCUCCUAGUGGCCCCGUAGAGGGCAACAACAUGUACGGACAAUAUAAAUCAGCUUCCAUGACUUCUAGCGCCACGCAUCCCUCUCACACAAGCAGUUCCUACCCACCGCCGCCCUCGUCGAAUCCCCUUCACCAAAGGGUUAGUGCAAUAGGUGGCCCGGGACCAGGAGCAGUUCCAAAUACAGCUGUUGGCGUCAGCCCACACUAUGUAACCAAGGAACGCAUUUAUGAAACGAAAUACUCGACAACUACAACGACCACUAAAAUAGCUUACAACUCAACAUCGUCCGCCGCAAUUUACGAUAAUCACCAUCAUAUGAACAACAUGGCUAUGAAUAACAAAUCGUCCGCUAUCCCGCCUAUAGAUCAUCACGUUAUCAAUCCCAGCAAUUUGCCGGCAUCGAAAGAUCAACAUCCCAGUCCGAACUAUGCCCGCAAAUGCCCUCAAAUGUAUACGCCCGAGGCGGAACAGAGUACGUCCCAUCAUCAUCAUUUGUAUAUGCCGACGCCACAAUUUAGUUCGGAUAAAUUCUCCAGAGCUUCGCCACAACAGGUGCCGCCGGAUUUUACAAAAUUGCGCGAGAGUCCCUUGCAAGCUACGGCCAAUAGCCCUUAUAUGGUGGUGAGCGGGGCCGAUAAAUACAAUCACAUGGCUUCCACGACGCACCUAAGGGAAUCGCCUCAACAGUUUGUAACGCAACAGCCUUCAGUUUCUAGAAACUCCAAUCCAUAUUAUGCCGCCACCGCAACACAAAAUCCUUCCAAAGUGCACCCACCGGAAAUGUCGCCAAUUAUCAUGAAACAAACGCACACACAUCAGUAUCAUCAGUAUUCGAAAAGUCCUCUACCACCGCCAUUACCACCGUCUGCCUCAACCGCUGCGGCGACUCAUCAUCCGAUGCAUCAGAUCCCUCCUUCAACAAAUAUGGGUGCUAAAGCAAAUGCCGCUGGGGGAUUGGCUCCACCGCCAGCAAAUCAUACUACAUCACAGCGCUAUAUAGUGGACAGCGUGAAAAGAGAAGAUCUGGAGAUAUACGAAAAUCCACCCCCCAUGCAGCAGGCACAACAACAGUCAUCACGCAACUCCAGCGGUGGAAUUUAUAUAAAUCCCUAUAAUACUCCACCGCCAGGCAAUGGAGAUUCGUGUUGUAAGGAUGUGUCUCCCAUGUCUACAUCCACCUCGCCAUACACAAUCGGAGGGUCGGCAAACUCCAGCUACAGGGUUGAAUCUCCCCAGUUCUAUCAUAAUGCAAAAUAUGGCAAAAUAUCCAUGUCAUCAGAUUCCUCCUCGAAUAAACAUUCGCUACUCAAUCAAAAUACACCACCGCCAAGCAGAGCACCCAGUCAGAGGGGCCAUCAACAGCCUGCCUAUUACUACGAGAGCAAUCCACACAGUGCGCCCUCGCCAGCAGCAGCAACGGCAGCUUCUCCCUCACCCUCUUUACUGUCGUCUUCCUCGACAACCACUUCGCAGCAGACACAAAUUCAUCACACGGAAUAUCUGCAAGGGGUCAUAGGAACUCCAAUCUCUCAAUCAUAUCCCACACAGCCAACAGCCCAGCAUCAAACUACAACAGCUGCUGCUUUAAGGAACAGCGAAAUGAUAAUGGGUCCUCAGAAUCCUAUGGCAUAUGAACGUACAAUAGCACAACCUCCCCAUAGCCAUUCACAUGCGCACCAUCAAGCACCUUUGCCUACCAAGGGUGCUGCUAGUGCUGUUCCUCCGUCUUCGCUGCAGCUGCAAUCAGCAGCUCACCUUCCGCAUUCUUCCAAAAUAGCUGCCAAUGUUGCAAACACCAACAAACACAAACCAAAUUAUAGGGAACUCAUAAGUCGUACUCUGGCCAUGAGGAAUGCCACCUCCGAGGAGGAAUUGAACAUGCAAAUCAUAAAAAAGACUUUAAAUGUAGAUUCUCAAAAUAUGAGAGGGCCACCGGGGGCAGUACCUCCAGCCCCCAUGCCAACUUCAAAUGCCAGAGCAGGUGCGCUCAUACACUCGCCCCACCAUCAUACAGUUCAUGCCAGUCCCAAUGAACGUCUACCACCAACCGCAGUAAGAACAGAAAUUGGGUCGUCUCUGCACCAGCAAACACUGCCACAAACAAAAGCCCCUUUGAGCUCAGUUUUGGUAAACCACCAUAAUUCUGCGGUUCCCCUUAUAGCGUCUUCGUCCUCCUCCUCGUCUUCGUCACGUGCCGAAACAUCUCGAAUUUGCAUUAAACAGGAAGACGAUAAACCUUCCUCGUCAUCCUCAUCUACUACUACUACGUCUCCCCUUGAUCUCUCCAUGCGAACGGUGAAAACAAAGGCUGAUUCAACAGAGUACAAGUAUCAACAAAGACGUUUAACUCCAACUUCUAAUGAAGGUCGCUACACUUUACCUAGAGUCGAUUCUACGCCAGUAUUUUCGGUUCAUGCUUUUGAGCCGGCAGCAGCAGCGGUGCCAGCUGUCGAUAUAACAGCCAGUAGGGCAAACUCUUCACAAGUUACCCGCUCGAACAAUGCUUUGGAAAGGCGAAACUAUACUCCGCCCUCGCAAGCGGCUGGCAUACAACAAACACCUGCCCAACAUCACACAGGUCGACAUUAUAGUCCAGUUUCUAUGCAGCAUCAACAAUAUCCCCUAAGAAAAUCCGAGUCCAGUUCUAGUUCCAGUUCUCUUCACAUAAAAGGUGCUUAUGAGUCAUCAUGUGUCAUUAAGACAGCCCCAAAGCCCAUUGUACCCGAACGAGAACUACUAAGGGGUACUAAUCUGGCUCCGCUUCCUCCCCCGCCACAAUCAAGACCAAGUGUUUUGGAAACAAAUCCCUAUGCCAGUGUUAUAAAGACGGAACCGAAGCGCAUCGCUGGCGCCACAGAAUCAACUGCUGCUCAUGUAAUAUCAACUCCUUCAGCUCAACUAGCAGCUAGCACUAACACUACAGCACAUCACACAUUAGCGGCUGUGGAGAGAUUACCUCCCGAUACCAGUAUAAUGGCUCUUCCUCCCAAGAGCGCUUAUAAUGUGCAGAAUAGAUCUGCCACAUCUAUGGUAUCACCACCUGUUGCAACGGCUUCCAUUUUGAGUUCCACUGCGUCAAAUUAUUCACAAGGCUGUGAGCGUAAUCCGAAUUUCCGCAAACGACACAUUCAAGAAUAUUCCAGCCAAAUGUCUGCCAAUGAACCAAUUGUAAAACAAUCCCGCUAUGUUGAUUCCCCUCCCAUUAUUGUGGCAAAACCGGCGGUUAUUCCCAUGAGACCGGCAGAUAUCUCCGUGAUUGCUGUUAACGAAAGCAAUCAACAUGAAUUGGAAAAUUGUAAUAAGGCCAAGUUGGCUAAGGAUAUACUUCCGAUCACCACCACCACCGGGGGAGGGGUAAUUGCAGCCAAGGCGGCUGUGGUACAACCGGCACCGGUAAUAGUGAAUAAUCACAGUCAGCAUCAUCAGCCCUCACCAGCUGCCGUUGUGGCGGUGGUUUGUAAACAGGAGCCUUUGACACCCACAGGAGAAAUGUCAGCGACUCCCGUUAUAAAAUCCACAGAAGUUUCCGCCUCCAGUAAUGGCAGCAGUACGACUAGCCUCCCACAGCCUGCUGCAACCACUCAAAUAUCUGCAUCCAGAAUACGUACUAAAGCAGAGUUGAAGGGGUUUACCUUUAAUCCCCCGCCAUUGACCCAAACUGAAAGUGAACCCCCUCCAAUAGUAACUAUCAAGCAGGAAGAGGAGACGGAGGCAGAAGAGCAAAAGCUAACCCCAGUUAAGGUAAAGGAAGAAGAACCCGAAACAACAAUGGAGGAAGAAGUGGCCUGCUCCAUACCAGGACUAGAAGAUAAUUUUGCUGAAAGCAAUUUGCUGGACUUUGGCGUUUGGAGCAAUACGUGCAAUAAUUUUGUAGAACAAUUACAGACCAGGCCAGCCAAAAAGAAAGCUCUGCCUGCCAUCCUAAACAAAACGACGCCGGUAAAAGACUCCCAGCAGCAGCCGUCUAUUGCUGAAAUGGUAGUCUCUUCCACCGAUAUACCGCCUACCAAUCGCAAAACUUUAGAAAAUCACUAUUCUCCCAUGGAGUCUGCCGAUACAACACGCAGCUCUUUUGCCCGUUUCGAGGCCAUGGAGUCGGGCAUAGCGGCCAACACCAAAUCAUCAUCCAUGAAUCAGGACGCCUUAAAUUCGCCCAACUCCUCGGUAGGGGUUAUACACAAGAAACUGAACAAAAUUGGGCGUGAAAAGAAACGUUUCCAGCAGGAGAAACGCUUGGCUGAGCGUUUGCAGGCCAAGGAAAGCUCUUCGGAAAGUGAAGAUGAGCUGGACAAGCGAAAGACGGAGCGUUUGAAGAAACCGUUGAUGAAGACCAAAACUAAGCUGAAAUCAAAGGGUAGCAACGGCAACGACACAAAUUCCUCAUCAAAUCUCCAAAAUGAGAAAAAUCGGUUUUCCGAUUGUGGCUCAGAUUCAUCCUCAUCAUCGUCACCAACAAACGAAAGGGAACGAGAGAUGCCAAACUCAACAACUAAAGAAAUCAGUCAAUCAACCAAAAGUCCCAAGAAGGAAUUAUCCUCCCUCAAUUCUAACACCACUAAUUCCCUAAUAGGGGAUAAGGCGCUUGGAAAGGAUAUAAAGCCUAAAGAGCAAAAUAAGGCCGGACAGAAAAGUGAAAAAUCGGCUCAGGAGGAAAAUAAAACCACAAUUGCUCCAAAAAAGCCAAAGUCUUUGAUGGAGGCCAGCAUCUCACAUAUAAAAUCUGCUACUGCAAAGGAUGUAAAAAAUAAAAUAAACUCUUCAAAUGGCAGCAAAAUCUCCUCCUCAACUUCCGUUAAAGCGGAAACAAAGAAGGAAGAAACUUCUAGUUCUUCUAGCUCAGAGGAGACCAGUAACGAGGAUGAGGACCAAGAGGAAGAAGUGGACAAAAAGCAUAGGGAUAAUAAUAAAUCUCUCCGAUCCUCAGGCAAGGUCAACACCACCAACACCGGCAGCUCAACCAAAGGCUCCAAACUCAAGAUUGGCCUCAACACCAUGACCCGAUCAAAACUCAAGAAGGAGCUGGAAAUGCAGAUGGCGAACAGCAAAGUACUGCGCAAUGAUAAAAUCAUACGCAACUCCACCACUAAGAUCAAAAGGAAAUAUGUGCGCAAAUAUGUGAAUAAUGCGAACAGCUAUUUGGAAUCAGGAGGCUUGAGUCGAGAAUCUGGCAUUAUGAAAUCCUCCAGAUUGAAAGCGAAGCGAGAGAGAAAUGUUGUGGCCCUAAACCUUUUGAAGGCCAAGGACAAUAAGUCAAAUAAACACAUCGGCAAUAGCAAAGAGGCUGCUGCAGCAAAACAUGUCAAAUCGGAAAAUGUACAUGAUCCGAAUGUACUGGAAUUGUAUCGCUUUAAGCGUGCCCUCAAGGUACCACCCAGUCUUAUAAGCAUUAAGCAUCCAGGGGCUCAUAAAAUUGCUGCCUCCCUGCCUGAUUUGGAAAGGCAUGCCGAGGCCUAUGCCAAAAAGAAGAAAAAGGCCACUGCGACCACAUUCAAGCCCAUCGACAAAAAGAAGCAUAACAAUGAAAAGUCAAUGGCCAAUUUAAAGUCUGGCGCAAAGGAUCAAAAGACGAUAAGUUGCCAGAAUGAGGAACCCCUUUCGAUUAUUGAUGUCUUGCACUCUCGGGUGACUAAGGCUUCUGGUCUAAAUGCCAGCAAUAAGACCACUACCAACACAGCCUCGAAACCUAUUGCAGCAACAAACAAAACCGGUCAAACAUCUACUUCCACCCCGAAGAUGCCCUAUACGACAGCCAGCAAUUGUGGCAUGUUCAGUGAAACAUCACAAACAACAGAAACCAGUGAAUUGCAAAUGCAGCCACCUCUACGCCAAGAAUCCGAUGAGGACGAGGACGAUGAUAACGAAUCCGCUAACAGUGGCAAAAAGCGCCACUUUAGCAUUUUCGAUACCACGGUCCUACCCACCAAAACACGCACCGAAUCCAAGCUACAACAGAAGCGGGAAAAUAUUCGCGAAAUAUUCGUGGGCGACGAUAGGCCGGCCUCAGCUCCGCCCGAAAUGACUCAGCCACCCGAUAACGUCGAAGAGAAAAUGACCUAUGAACAAACGUAUGAGCAGUUCUUGCAACGAAUGAAUAUCGUUAUAAGUGGUGAUAAAUUUGGAAGAUUAAGUCGUACAGCGGCGGCGCGCAAACACAUGUUGCCCAGUCAGCAGACAACUGGGACCACCAAUUUGAAUAUCAAACAAGAGGAGGUCGAUACAGAAAGUACCAGCGUCAUGGAUGCUGACGAGCUGAAAGAAGACCAAAAGUCUUCCGAAAGUCAUACGAUACGCAAGAAACGUGGCAAAUAUCUCAGACGAAAAGGCAGUUCUGGUUUCGAUUAUAUACGCAAAAAGAAAAAGCCAUCGUCCACGAGCACGAUCUCUAGCUCGUUGCACAACCACAACUCUACCAAUUCAUCGUUCCACCAUCACUAUCAUCAUGUCUCCAUAAAAAUGGAAAAAUUGGAAGCCGAUGAGUAUGAACACAAAGUGAAAACCGAAGAUGAUGUCAGUCGUGAAAUACAAAAAUGGGUGCUUAAUAAGGGCGUUGGCCAAAGCACCAUGCAUAAGGCCGCCCGCCAGGGUUACAUAGAUGUGAUAGUCUAUUGUUUGGAACGUAUGUCCAUGAAUCCGGAUCAUAAGGACAAUGCUGGCUAUACGCCAUUGCAUGAGGCCUGUACAAACGGUUGGUUGGACAUAGCCCGUGUGCUCUUGCAAUACGGUGCUAAUCAUUCAGCGGCAGCUCACUCGGGCAUAAGGCCAUUGCAUGAGGCUAGUGAAAAUGAUCAUGAGGAGAUAGUACGUUUAUUAUUGUCCUAUGGUGCUGAUCCUUUACUGGCUACAUAUUCAGGUCAAACUCCUUUAAUGUUAGCUUCAAGCACAACAAUGCGUGAUAUUUUAAAUAAUCAUUUAUUAGAUGUACAAAGUAUGGGACCUGAUCGUAAGCCAUGGAAAUUCAAUGGGCCAUGGGAAUUAUAUGAUCCUUCAGAAUGUGGUUAUAAUGUGUUUGAGGGUGCACCAAAUCCAUUGUGUGAUAUGAGCAGAGCUCUUUUCCGUAGAGGUUCUUUAACCAAUAAUCAAAUGAUGCAAAGCAAACAACUACAACAGCAACAACAACAAAAUGUACUCAAUGCCAAUGCAACAAACACAAAUAGCAGCAGCAGCAGCAGUAGUGUGAACAACACAUUCUCAGCGUCAACGGCAAUGGCCAGCGAUAAUUCCAAUAAAAUCUCACAAAAUGGUCCAACAAGUAGCAGUAGCAAUAGCGCAACAAAUAGUGGCGUAGGUAGAGGAUGUGAUGGCAAAGGUGGUGGUGGUAUAACUACAAGCGGCACCAGUUACUUGGCUAAAGCAUUGAAAGCUAUUGAAUCAGCAGCACCAUCACCACCCAACACAGCAACGACAAACACAACGGCAACAGCGUCAUCAUUGGCGCUGCAGCAGCAAAAAGGGGAGACAUCAACAAAGACUGUUAUGGACAAAUGUGCAGUAGUACUCGAUAAAAUAGAUCAAUUCAAUUCUGUACGUUUAAACUCUUCUACCACUACUACGGCGACUACAACAACUACUACUACUACUAUUACUAGUGAUAGCAAGAAAUCGGAGAUUCUGGUAGAGAACUCAGAUAGUGAUGGCGAAAUGUUUGAAUUCGAAGAAGCAGACAUUCUAUUGCCCCCACUGUAUUUACUCAAAGAUGAGGGCACCAACGACAAAUGGGUUCUCUUGAGUGAUUUGUGCAAUUUACUUAAAGUCAAAUCGAAGGAUACUCUAUUGAAUAAGAUUUAUCCACCAUCAUCUUCCGCAGCAACCGCUCACAAAAGUCUUAUGCGUGAAUUGAAAAUGUCGGAUUUCCUGGAGAAGGCGACAUGUUUACAACUUUUGUGCGCUGGUGAAAAAUUGAAUAUUUGCGCAUCAAAGGUUGUGCUCAUCAAAUACAACGAGAAUGUUAGAAACUUAUUAGGGGUCAAUACAAUAUUAAUGAAAUUUUAGAAGUAAAACAUACAAACAAAAAAAGCUAAAAGGAAAACAAAUUGUAGUUAUAUAUACACACAUCUACUAUAUACAUUGAAAAAAAAAACAUAUAAUUUAAAGAACAACAGAUGAAAAACAAAUGCAAAAUCCAAUAACAGAUUUAAAAUUAUACAAAACAAAAAAAUAUUGAAAAUAUUAAUAGAUUAUAAGCUUUAAUUAACAAAAUUAAAAAAAAAUCAAGUAACAAGAAGAACAACCAAUUGUGGAAAAAUAACAAACAAUUCAUAUACAUUUAAACAUAUACAUACAUGCAUAUAUUUAUACUUUACAGUUUAUAUGAAUAAUAAAUAUAGUUUAUAAUUUAUAUUAUAAUUAUGAUUAGUCCAAGAAAGGAAGUGAGAAUGAAAAUCUUUGAAAUAGAGAUGGCAAGCAUGUAAACAAAAUAAACGAAAGGAAACUCUAUUGAUUAUUAUUAAAAUUUCAAUUAUAGCAAACAAAUUGGAAAUCUGUAUUAUUGUGUGUUAAAUACGUAAAAAUAACAACACACCCUAAACAAAACAAAACCACAACAAUGUGCAUAUAUUAUUUUAAUUCUUUUUAUACAUACAUAUUAUUACACACUGUAUAUCUAAAUUUUAGUAAUUAUAUUAGCAAUUAGUAUAUAUAUAUAUAUAUAUAUAUAUUAUUGAAAAAAUUUUGUUCUAAUGUUUGUUUUAGUCUUAUUUUUUAUAUAUAAAUAUUAUGGUAUAUAUUUUUUUGAUGUAUGUAUGUCAUCUGUUGGUAACAAUAACUAAUAUUUUUUGUUUGUUUUGUAAUCAAAAAUCUUAUUAAGUCAGCAAAGCAAAGCAAAUAUUUAUGUACUUUGAUUUAAGCAUAAUGUUGAAGAUCAUGUUUUAACGUAAUAAUUAUGCAAUGUUGGAAUGAUUCCUUCCCUUGUUUAUUAUUUUAAAAAAAUCGUUUUUAGUAAAUGGCCUGACCCUGGGCGGACACAAUUGUCGUGUGCCUGUCUGAUGGCCACUCAUAUCGUUUUAUUUUUAAUUUUAAUUUGUUAAAUGUAGCAAGAAAAUGUCGUAGCAGCAUGAUUUUAAAUUCGUUAGAAGGCAAUAUGAAAGAACACUUUAAAGUUGACUUUAAGUUUAGUUUUAAAUUUUAUGCAAAGGAAAGCAACUAAUUUUAUUAAUACUUUUAUUAUUAUUAUUAUAAUUUUUUUUAUUAUAUAAAUUAAAAAAAAAAAACUAUUUAUAUGAUGAAUGGAACAUGAAAAUAUUUGUUGUUAAAUAUUUAAAGAAAACAAACAGAAAACAAAACACAAAUGCGAUGAAAAAU